AUGGGCUUGGAUCCUCCAUUUGGUGCCGAUUGUCCGCUGGCAUCCCCACUGGUAGAUCUAGUGAAGCCAAGAAUUAUUUUCUCCUCCAAUAUACCGCAAAAAGUUCGAGACUGUGUUUCCGAAAGACGUCUUUUCCUAGGCGGAUCCAAGAGCAGGCUCGUGGAUCUAGCUUCAGAUAUGGGCGAACUAGAGUUUGUUCUCGAACUAAAUACCUUGCUCAUGAGAAACCGACUAUUAACACCGACGGAUUUGGUCCGAAAGAAGUUAGUGUUUGUGGCGAAGAAGAAAGCGCACUCAAAGAAAACUUCCAGAGCACUUCAAGGAUUUACAGGUGUUUGGAGGACGGUUUUAGAGAUGGCAGACUCCUCAGAAGUGUUUGUAGUGCUAUGGAAAGUGAAGCUUGAUUGUUUGCUUAUAGAUUUAGCGAACGUUAGUGACAUUACCAUCGAGCUCAAACAUGACCAGCUUUACGAGUCAUUACUACGAGAUGUUGAGCUCAUAAACAUAACAAAGACAUAUAUUCGACAUAAGCUCCUACUUGGGCUCAAGAACAAUUCCAACAUCACUUCGGACAUUUCCGAUGCUAAUACAAUACUACAAGAUCUGCCUGUGAAUGACUCCUUGCCACUGAUGAGGGAAUUCUACAAUCAGCUUGAAGAGUUUGACAAUACACUUGCUGACAUUACCCUUGACACCAAUACUAGCAUACCUUUUUUUGAAAAACAGCUAAUUUACGAGGAUUUUCCUGAAUUUGAUGUAUCUGAUGAGGACAUGAAAUUACUACACUCUGACGAUAGUGGAAGAUGCACCGUUGAUGAGGAUGAGGAUUUCCAGCUCUCGGACGGGCAAUACUCAAAUAUUUUACUGCCAGCGGUCCCAAGGCAGACCAUCGACACUCCGAAAACUGCGGAAACCUCACCACCAACUCCAAACAAAAAUGAUCUUCUUAGAAAUGAGCUAGUACCCGAAGAGCCUGAUACAUCCAUUCCUAGAAAAACAAUUUUAAGACCGCAGCCACGCACUCCAGUAAGGGGCAAAAGAAUUCUCCACUCUUCUCCACGCGAGGAAAAGGAAGCAAAGACUCGGCCAAUUUCUGUUCCUCCUGAAGCAUCUCCUAAAGUGACCGAUGUACCCGACUUGAAAAAACGACCAUCUUUGUCAACUUUGCAACAGCCAUCACUACAAAAAAAAUCGUCCACUUCUUCUUUUGCAAUGAUCAGCACUGACGAGAACUAUGGCUUGGAGUAUGCCUUUAGAGACAAAUCCCCUACAGUUCCAUCAUAUAUCAAGCAAGACAAAAAGUUCAAGUUUAUCAAGGUUGGUAAAGUGCAGAAAUUUGUCAAUUUGUUCGAGGAACAAGCACCUGCCUCUACACCUACCAGUAGAUACACUUCUCGCACUGGCAGUCCGCUUAGAGGCUCGAAGCUCAGGUAA